CCUUGCUGUAUUCCAGUGGAGGGGAUAUGAAGAAGGGGUCAUUGGGACCACCUCUGAUCCCCCCCAUAGGCAAGGCAGUAAGUCCCUCUCUUGGCAGUGCUGCGGACUCUCUGCAAAUCUCUCCGCAGCUGGAAUUCCAGGAGUCCCAGGGGAUGAGGUCAGGAUGCAGCAGCAGAAGCAAGGAGGAGAACUCUGAACAUGCAGGCGUGACUAGGUUCAUUUUCUCCACGUCUUUCCGGCCAUGUCCCUCUUCGCUCCUUCCCUCAAAGCCAUUGCCUCCCAUCAGGAUCAGCUCUCCUUCUUCUAACAAUAAUAAAAUGUACAGCAUGGAGAAAGAAAACAAGGACAUUGGCACUGGCUAUGAUAAUGACAGUAGAAAACACCAGGAGCAGAGUUCAGAAGGAAAAAGUUAUAAGGCUUCCUUGCUGUAUUCCAGUGGAGGGGAUAUGAAGAAGGGGUCAUUGGGACCACCUCUGAUCCCCCCCAUAGGCAAGGCAGUAAGUCCCUCUCUUGGCAGUGCUGCGGACUCUCUGCAAAUCUCUCCGCAGCUGGAAUUCCAGGAGUCCCAGGGGAUGAGGUCAGGAUGCAGCAGCAGAAGCAAGGAGGAGAACUCUGAACAUGCAGGCGUGACUAGGUUCAUUUUCUCCACGUCUUUCCGGCCAUGUCCCUCUUCGCUCCUUCCCUCAAAGCCAUUGCCUCCCAUCAGGAUCAGCUCUCCUUCUUCUAACAAUAAUAAAAUGUACAGCAUGGAGAAAGAAAACAAGGACAUUGGCACUGGCUAUGAUAAUGACAGUAGAAAACACCAGGAGCAGAGUUCAGAAGGAAAAAGUUAUAAGGCUUCCUUGCUGUAUUCCAGUGGAGGGGAUAUGAAGAAGGGGUCAUUGGGACCACCUCUGAUCCCCCCCAUAGGCAAGGCAGUAAGUCCCUCUCUUGGCAGUGCUGCGGACUCUCUGCAAAUCUCUCCGCAGCUGGAAUUCCAGGAGUCCCAGGGGAUGAGGCCAAGAUCCAACAGCAGAAGCAAGGAGGAGAACUCUGAACAUGCUGGCCUCCCACUGAGCCGGGCCAAGGAGAUGGAUCAUCACACUGAUCCUGGUCUUACGAGUGACACAGACCUGAGGGAAGGUUUUGGAAAGAUCCGUGCUGCAUUGUGCAUGUUGGCUCAAAAGAACUUAGAGCGGAAGGACGCAGAGCAUUUGGAGAGAGAGAUGAAGAAAAGGAGGCAAAGGAAAACAUCCUUGCAACCCAUUCUGGAGACAGUUGAGCCCGGGGAUGAAGUUGAAGCAAGCUUUAGCCUACCACCUGUUGAUGGCACAGCUUCUAGAGUGCAGAGAAAACACCCUGGUAGUGCCUUGAAGAAGAAGGUCUUGAAGAAGCAGGACAAUGUGUCCCUACUGCCCAAUAGGCCCAUCAUCCAUGGGGCUGGCAGCUUCCCACGCAGCUCCUCAGUGACCUCGCAGACGGCCACUGGUGCCCAGCGCCGAGAGGAGCCGCUCCGUGGGCAUGGGCAGAAGGACAGAGCCUCUCCAGACCCACAGCACUCCUUGCUGGAGGCACUCUCCUUGCUCAGCAGCGAUGACUGGGAGCUGAAGGAGGAGGGACUCUACAACAUCAAACACCUGGCUGGGUCCCAUUCCGAGGUCCUGCUUUCCAGACUUGAUGACAUUUGCUUGGCAGUUACCAACGAGGUGGCCAACCUCCGUUCCAAGGUGUCCUACUCUGCAAUUGUCACUCUGGGAGAGCUCUUUGCGACCUUGAAGAAGAACAUGGACUCUGAGGUGGAUGAGGUUGCUCGGGUCCUUCUGCAGAUGGUGUCCAACUCCCCAGAAUUUGUUCAGAAAGCAGCCAGUCAGACUCUGGGCAUCAUGGUGGAGAAUGUGACUCCUGCACGAGCAAUGACUGCUCUCAUGGAUAUGGGAGUCAAGAGCUGCCACGCCCAGGUGCGGAAGUGUGGGGCCGAGCUCCUCCUGUCCCUGAUGGAGAGAAUUGGAGUCACAAAGCUGGCAGGCACAGCCAGGGCUGAGAGGCUGGCACACGUGGCAGGGAAGCUUGCUCAGGACUGUCACCAGGACACAAGGCAUUAUGGACAGGAGAUGGUGAAGAUGUUGCUCAAUCAUCAAAAAUUUAAAAUGCUUUUGGAGCGAUCUCUUUCCACCCAUGACCUGGAAGAUAUUCUGACAAGAAUGCAGAAGAAAGGGAUGGAAAACCAGAAGGCUGAACACCCAUCUGUCAAGGAGCUGGUGAAGAAGAGGAACGAUUGCUCCAAGAAACCCCAGGCCACAUUGUCUUCUAGCAAACGGGUGAAAUCUACCUCUGAUGGAUGCCUCCUACACCAUUCACAAGCCCAGGUCACGUUACCUCCGGUUGAGGAAGAAACGGAGCUGCUCCAGAAGCUUUACAAUCUCCUGGAGGCCAAGGGGUUUCAGACACGCAUGGAAGGAGUGUCACUCCUCCAAGACCUGUGCAAAACCAGCCCCCAGCUCAUCUCCACUAACAUUGUCCAGAUUUUUGAUUAUUUUGUCCUGAGAAUAUCUGACAGCCACAAGAAAGUGAAGCAGAAGGCGCUGGACGUGCUAGCUGAAAUCACAGGCGUCCUGAAAGAUGCCUUGAACCCGGUGAUCAUUGGUUUGGUGGAAGGAAUAACGAAGAACCUGAACUCCAAGGAUCCCAGGGUUCGUGCCGCAGCUGUGAAAGCACUGGAAGAAUCCAUUGCUCAUUUAGAUAAAGUAUCACUGCUGAAAGAGUUCAGCUACCAGUGGAAUCAACUGAGUGGCCAAGCUCUGCUGGAUGUCACGGAGUGUAUCACAGGUAUGGCCUCCCCUUCUAGGCCAAGAGGUCUUCCCAGGGAGUAUUUACAGGCAAUGCCUGUGAACAGACAGCAGAGUAGCUCCUCCAAACCAGGAGGUGCUGAGCUUGUCCCUCCUGCCCAGCAGCCAAGGCAGGUGUAUUUGGCAGGUUUCCCUGGCUGCUGCAGAGCUGUGCAGCAGCUGAGAUGGGGCAGCGCUCGGCCUCGGGGCUGA